AUACUCGGCCAGGCACACGAGAGGCAGAAAGCGAGGUUUCGGGGUGCCGGCUGGCCCGCGGUGCGCAGGACCUCGGAGGUCCGUGCACCGACUCGUGGCCGUGCCGCACGGAGAUCGGACGUAUGCGAGCUCCAGAACCGGGCCCGGCGCUCAAGCUCGGAGAGAGGGGGGCGUGCUUAGGGCCGGGGCCUGGGGCCCGAGCGGCAGCCCCCUGACGGCCCGGGCUCCCGCACGACAUGGCCGAAGCGCGCCAGGCGGUGAGCUGCCGGUCCUCGCUGACCGCCGACGGGGCGGAGGUGGAGCUGAGCGCCCCGGUGUUGCAGGAGAUCUACCUCUCGGGCCUGCGCUCUUGGAAGAGGCACCUCUGGCGUUUCUGGAAUGACGUUGUCACCGGGGUGUUCCCCGCCAGCCCCUCUAGCUGGCUGUUCCUCUUCAGUGCCAUCCAGCUCGCCUGGCUGCUCCAGCUCGACCCUUCCCUGGGACUGAUGGAGAAGAUCAAGGAGCUGCUGCCGGACUGGGGCGGAGGGCACCACUGCCUCCGGGGCGCCCUGGCGGCCGCGCUGUUUGCCUCCUGCUUGUGGGGAGCCCUGAUCUUCACGCUGCACCUGGCUCUGAGGCUGCUCUUGUCCUAUCACGGCUGGCUUCUGGAAGCCCACGGGGCCAUGUCGUCACCCACCAAGACCUGGCUGGCCCUGGUCCGCAUCUUCUCCGGCCGCCACCCCAUGCUCUUCAGUUACCAGCGCUCCCUGCCGCGCCAGCCGGUGCCCUCUGUGCAAGACACCGUGCGCAAGUACCUGGAGUCUGUCCGGCCCGUGCUGUCCGACGAGGACUUCGACUGGACGGCGGUCCUGGCGCAGGAGUUCCUGAAGCUGCAGGCCUCGCUGCUGCAGUGGUACCUGCGCCUCAAGUCCUGGUGGGCGUCCAAUUACGUCAGCGAUUGGUGGGAAGAGUUUGUGUACCUGCGCUCCCGCAACUCACUGAUGGUGAACAGCAACUAUUACCUGAUGGACUUCCUGUACGUGACACCCACGCCGCUGCAGGCAGCUCGGGCCGGGAACGCCGUCCACGCCCUCCUCCUGUACCGCCACCGCCUGAACCGGCAGGAGAUCCCCCCGACGCUGCUGCUGGGCAUGCGCCCGCUGUGCUCUGCUCAGUUUCAGAAGAUCUUCAACACCACGCGGGUCCCCGGGGUCGACAAAGACUACAUCCGGCACCUCCAGGACAGCCGGCACGUGGCCGUCUUCCACCGCGGCCGCUUCUUCCGCGUGGGCACCCACUCUCCAGCCGGCCUGCUCUCCCCGAGGGCCCUGGAGCAGCAGUUCCAGCGGAUCCUGGAUGACCCCUCGCCUGCCUGCCCCCACGAGGAGCACCUGGCCGCCCUGACGGCGGCGCCCAGGAGUAUGUGGGCCCAGGUGCGGACGUCGGUGCGGACCCGGGCGGCCGAGGCCCUGGAGGCCGUGGAAGGGGCUGCCUUCUUCGUGUCCCUCGACUCGGAGCCCGGGGGGCUCACCAGAGAGAACCCGGCGGCGUCGCUGGAUGCCUACGCCCACGCCCUGCUGGCCGGGCAGGGCCAUGACCGCUGGUUUGACAAAUCCUUCACCCUCAUCGUCUUCUCCAACGGGAAGUUGGGUCUCAGCGUGGAACACUCGUGGGCCGACUGCCCCAUCUCGGGGCACAUGUGGGAGUUCACGCUGGCCACCGAGUGCUUCCAGCUAGGCUACUCUGCGGACGGCCACUGCAAGGGCCGCCCCGACCCCACGCUGCCCCCGCCCCAGCGGCUGCAGUGGGACCUUCCAGACCAGAUCCACCCGUCCAUCUCUCUGGCGCUGAGUGCAGCCAGGACGCUGUCCGGGAGCAUUGACUGCCACGUCUUCCCCUUCUCCCACUUCGGCAAGAGCUUCAUCCGGCGCUGCCACCUCUCUUCCGACAGCUUCAUCCAGAUGGCCUUGCAGCUGGCCCACUUCCGGGACAGGGGUCAGUUCUGUCUGACUUACGAGUCGGCCAUGACACGCUUGUUCCUGGAAGGCCGGACGGAGACGGUGCGGUGUUGCACGAGGGAGGCCUGUGACUUCGUGAGGGCCAUGGAGGACAAGGAGAAGACGGACCCUCAGUGCCUCGCCCUGUUCCGCACCGCGGUGGACAAGCACCAGGCGCUGCUGAAGGCGGCGAUGACCGGGCAGGGGGCCGACCGCCACCUCUUCGCACUCUACAUCGUCUCGCGAUUCCUGCACCUGCAGUCUCCCUUCCUGGCCCAGGUUCACUCGGAGCAGUGGCACCUGUCCACCAGCCAGGUCCCUGUGCAGCAGAUGCACCUGUUUGACUUUCACAAUUACCCCGACUACGUUUCCUCGGGAGGUGGAUUCGGGCCUGCUGAUGACCACGGCUACGGGGUUUCCUACAUCUUCAUGGGGGACGACAGGAUCACCUUCCACAUCUCCAGCAGGAAGUCAAGCACAAAAACGGACUCCCACCGGCUGGGGCAGCACAUCGAGAAUGCCUUGUUGGACGUGGCCUCCCUGUUCCAGGCAGGGCGGAGUCCGAAGCGCCGGUUCCGAGGUUCGGGGGAGACGGACUCAGGGCCCAGGUGUGGCAUCCUCUCCAGCCAGAUUGUGGACGACUCCAAGGUACCCACGGCGCCCAGCAGCCUCUGAGCCCUGCUGGCAGGGAGCUGGUCUCCCUCAGGAACAAGGAUCCCGCAGCUGGGCUGGGGCAGGACGGGGCAGCCCGUUGGGCAGUCCGUCCCACAUCUGGGCCAAUAAAGCUGUGAGCGCUGCGUGUGUGGUGUCCACCAUGCUC